CUUUGUGCUUUAACUAGUUCAAAUGAAAACGUAGAUAAAUAAAUCCGAUCAAAAUUAUAAUAAAAUUAUUUGAAGAGAAAGCAGAUGAUGCAGGUGUUACAAGACGCAAAUAUUCCAAUUCCAGCCUUUCUGACCAAGUUAUGGAAGAUUGUCAACGAUCCAGAGACGGACCAUCUAAUUGGUUGGAGACAAUGUGGAAAUACCUUUAUAAUUCAUAAUCAAGCACAGUUUUGGUAUGAAUUGCUGCCCUUAUACUUCAAGCACAACAAUAUGAGCAGUUUUGUUAGACAGCUAAACCUGUAUGGAUUCCACAAGGUCUCGAGCUUGGAAAAUUGUGGUUUGGCAGAAAAAGAUGAUGUUAAAUCUAUACAGUUUCAUCACCCCUAUUUUCAAAGAGACGAACCUGAACUACUCAAAAAGAUUAAGAGAAAGCCACAAACCUCCCAUAGAAAUAAUGAAGUACAAAAUGUAACUGGAUCAGAUGAGGUAAAUAACGCCCUGAAGGAAGUAAGACAGCUUCGUGGGAGGCAAUCAACUGUCGAUUCUCAGCUAUCUGCAAUGAAACAAGAAAAUUCUGUUCUAUGGAGGGAGUUAGCAUUGCUCAGACAAAAGCAUGUGAAGCAACAGCGAAUAGUGAACAAGCUUAUACAAUUUCUGUCCACAAUGGUACAGCCAUCCUCCUCACAAAGAAUGGGUGUAGUUGAACAACGUAUGCCACUCAUGUUAAAUGAAAGUCCAGCAAAAAAAAAACGACUUUGGAGGACUAGUCGAAGUAGUAAUGAUGGUGGACCUACAAUUCAUGAAUUGGAUUCUGAGGCUGAAAUAUUAUCUCCUGAACAGUUGAUUGAAGAGGCAGCUAUGGAAGAUGAUAUACCAUUAAUUGACAGUCCCAAUUCUCAAUUUGCUCAUGAUUCACCUGGAUCUCAGACCUUGUCAGCUAACUCGAAUGUAGAAAGUUCAACAUCUGAAGUUACAUUUUGGGAUAAACCAGAUGUUGUGACUAUUGAACAUGCAAUUGAAUUAGCAGAAAACGAAGAUGACAGCGAUACUCUCAUCGGCAGCUUUAUGUCACCCUCAAUGUACAACGUCAAUGCUUCGGACGGAAAGACCAUAACAAAUGAUAAAAUCAAUUUAUGCACAAGUCAGGUUUCUGCGCCGAGUAGUACCCCCAACAUUCUGGUAGCAACAAAAAAUCAAACCCCAAAGAUUUCCGAUGGGAGCGAUCUAGAUCUGCAUUUGGAUAAUACCCAAUGUGAAUUGGACGAUUUAAAAGAAAUAUUGGAUGGAAGUCGCACAUUCGACAGUAAUACUUUAUUUGGGCUGUUUAAUAGCAAUGAGUUAGGUCCCGAAGUUGAAAGUGACUCACAGAAGGACAGUUCAGUGAUUGAUAAAGCUAAUCCUAUGGUUUCUGGAAUUGAGCAGGCUCCUACAAAUAACUUAUUAGAUUUUACCGAACUAUUUGAUGAAGAUAGUCAGGAUGUGGUUAUAUCAUCUGAUGACUCCAGCUCUCUGUCGAAUACCCAAUCAUCUAGUUUGAAUACGCCUUCAAUUAGUAGGCCUGAACCGGAAUUUCCUACUGCAUAAUUUUCAAUGAGAAUGAAUACAUACAAAUGUCUUGAAGUCUUGAAGAAUGUCUGCACAGGGUUUGAAAACCAGCCGUCAAGGUCUUUGCAUUCUGGUGCGAAGCCUUCAUAUGCCAUGUGGAACGACCGUUACCGCUUCCAUAGUUUGGGCUCCUGAUACGUUCGUGUUAGUGCUGAUGUCUAUGAAGAUUGGCUCAUACAAAAGGCGUGCGUGGGCCCAGUUCUUGGCGGUCCUCUGGUACCAGGUGCUCUAAAACACCUCAUUCAGACUUGGGGAAGCUUCCGCUUCACGAAUUUCUUCACCUUCACAUAUUGUUUUAUAUUUCCUCAGUAAAUAGUAAUUGUGCUGGGUAUAUUUUAUCCUUUUUGUAGAUUAUGUUCAAUAUAUAUUUCUGUAUUAUAUUCAAUUUGUAUAAGGUGUUGUUAUAGAGGCCACCUUAUACCAAGAUUCCCUAUCCCAUAACUGAUUCAACAAGAGCAUCGUAGAUUGUAAUCGAGGUCCCUUAAUUUAGAAAUUCUUCAAGCAGAUAAAAUGUAUUGUAGCGAAGAUCUAACAAAAAAAUUCCGGAUGACAAAACGAAUAAGGUCAAGUGUUAUCAGCAAUAAAAGGAUGAGUCAGUCCUGAUGUUCUACUGGUGGUGAUCAGUCGAUUCGGAAAUAGCGAUACUGUUUUUCUUUGUGGCAAAUAUAAUUUUUUUAAAUAAAAUCGAGUCUUAUUGAAAAUAUUUGUGCGCCUGAAGAAAGUAACUUACAGUAUGUAUGUUACGAAUCAUAUAGCCAUCAACGACAGGAGCCAUCAACAGGUCAUCUACCCAGGAGGUUCAUCGACACACAUCGAUAUGCUGAAUAUAUUAUGACAUGAUCACUUUUUUCGGGGAGACGAUCCCAAACGUAUCCUGAACGCUAAGGCAUGACCUACGCACGUAUUAUUUGAAAGUUUCAUAUCUCUAUUGAUUAGUAAACUUGCGUAGUUCAUGCCUUCGUUCGGGAUACGUUUGGGAUCCUCUCCGCGAAAAAAGCUAAAUAAG